AAAUGUCACUCAAUGUAACCUGUCUAUACUGUGUUAUUUGAGGUUUAGGAUAGAUACCUAUGAUUCUCCAUUUAGGCCAACCUCUUCCUACUCUUAUGACCCCCCUCUUCCAUUGGCUGGGGAUCUGGGGGGGAAAGUAUUUAUCACUAUCACAUUUUCUUGUCAACAGAAAAAACGUCAGAAAGCAAAUUCAGUUGAUGUGGAGCAGAAGACAAGAAAGAAGAAGGAGAGGGGCACUUCAUCCCCCUCUCCAAUUCCAUCUGACCGUUCUGAACGGAAUGGCUCCGCUACCUCUGACCCCUCACCCUCUGACCAACUCUCCUCCCUCCAUCCACCUCCCUCUCCUGUUAAAUGUUCCUCUCAGCCUUGCUCUCCUGCUAAACAACCCUGUGUACCCCGGUCACCUGCCAAAAACCCUUCCCCAGUGAAAUCCUCUCCAGUGGUGUCCCACCCUAGUUCUCCCUCUCCUACCAACCCUCUGGACCGUCAUGGAGACACCAGUCAGGAGGGCACAACAGUCAGACCUCUGUCUCUUCAGGAACACUCUAGUCCAAUGCCCCAGAGACCCGUCUCAGCCACCAGAAGCAUGACUCUUCCCAGGGCCAGCUCAGCCACCAGAGGGUCAGAAGAGACCCAGGGGGCCAGAGGAGAACGGGGGGAACUGGUCAACAUGGAACUUCUUGGGUUGCCUAACAUUGGCAACACUUGCUUCCUUAACGCCACCCUGCAGUGCCUCCUGGUCCUGCCUUCCUUCUCAAAGGAAAUCCUGCACCAGGAACAACUCUGGAGCUCCUCCCCCUUCUCCAACCUGCUCAGGUGUCUGUCUGAUGUGCACCGUUCGGGUUUACCUGACAGUGUGGCAAACCAGGCCUCAAAAGCCGAUCUCAUGUGGAAGGUCAAGUACUCCUUGUCGGGAUACGAUUUGAAGUAUCUGGGGGACACGCAACAGGACGCACAUGAGUUACUUGUCAAUAUGCUGUGCCAGCUGAAGGAGGAGGGCAUGAUUCUGAAGACACUCGGGAUGAACUAUACCUGCCCCGUUUCCCAGCUGGAGUUCCAGCUUGUGUCGGUGCGCACAUGUACCAGCUGUGGGCGCGAGUCGUCUACCAGAGAGGACUACAACCACCUCUCAUUGGACUUCAGCCCUGAGCGCACCUUGCUGAACAGCCUAGCACUCACUUUCAAAAGUGAACAGGUUGAAUUCACAUGUGAGGGCUGUAAAGGCCUCCACGCCUCAAAGGUGGAGCAGUUCCACUCACUGCCUCUUGUGCUGGUUCUGCAUCUGAAGAGGUUUGGAGGACCUGGGGGGUUGGAGAAGCUGGAGGCUCCUCUUUUGUUUCCUUCGGAGCUGAGGCUCUCCACCCUCUGUGGGGACAUGGUGCCACACCUGCACAGUGCCAGCCCACAGGCCCUCACCAACCAGGCCCCCAGCAUCCAGGGGUCCAUCCCCCAGACCCUCGCCAGCCAAGUCUCCAGCCCACCUGGAGAGGCCAAAGACAGCGCCCUCUGCUGUUCAGAAGCAGAAGCCAGUACAGUCAGUGAAUGGUUACUACCAGCUGACUGGCGUAGUCUCUCAUUUGGGAGGCUCCGCAAACUCCGGGCACUACAUUAGUGACAUAUUGCAUGCCAGUGGAAACUGGUUCUGCUGUAACGACAGCCAGGUGUCAAUGUCCAAUGAAGCCACUGUGCUGAGGACCAGAGCCCGGAGUGCCUACAUGCUCUUCUAUAUGUUCAGGUACUGCUUACUCUCGCCAUCUAUAUUCUUGUGUUGCUAUUUAUGUGUACGGUUCCUUUCACCCUACAGGGCAAUAGAGCGGGAGGCCCCAGCACACAGGGCCUAACAGGGCCACCAUCAUCAGCCCCAGCCUAAACAGGGGCAGCACCUGGACCAGCCUCCAAACACUCAGACCUGUCUCAAAAGGGGUAGCACUUGGCCCAACAUCAACAACCCUGAGCCCAGCCACAUCGGGGGUAGCACUGGGCCCAACAUCAACAACCCUGAGCCCAGCCACGUCAGGGGCAGCACUGGGCCCAACAUCAACAACCCCGAGCCCAGCCACAACAGGGGCAGCACGGGGCCCAACAUCAACACACCCAGCCCAGCCUCAACAUGGGAAGAACCAGGCCCAGCCUCAACAUGGGAAGAACAAGACCCAGCCCCCACACCCUCAGACCUGCCUCAACAGGAAGAUUUAUCGUCUGGGAUUCAGGCCGGUCCUAACAGGAAACGUGACAAAGGGAAGCAGCUGUAAUGGAGCCUUCUAACACCCAAUCAGGUCUGGAGGAGGAAUGUCACAUAAAGAUUCAGAGAUGCUAUGAGUAUCUUUUGAAGUUACUCUCCAGUUGUAUCCAUUUGAAUAAAUACAGACAUGAAAAUGCUGGGCUACGGAUGUGACCUUGGUUCUGUGAGUAGAGUAACGGGUCACCAAACAAGCUAUGGGAACUCCUUCCCUUUAUCGUGAUGUGAUUGAGAUGCUUAAUAUCAACGAUGUUUACAAUGACGCCACACCCUUACUGUACCAUUGUGACCUGUCACUAUUAAAGGCUGUGUGACGUGA